UAAAUUCUUCUUUCUUAUGUGCGGGCGGUUGCUGUUGGUUUUAUUUACAUCUAAAUCAUGACAGCCUGACAGGACUCAUCUUUGUUGCAGAUAAGUUAUUAGUCUCAGUUUGCCCGAGCAGAACAUACUGAAAUGGAAGACACGGCGCAAUCCUCAGCAACUCCUAUGAUUGAAUUGCAUGGCGAUGAAUUUUGGCCACUUUCAGGGAGACCUUACUUUGAUAUCAUACUCACAAAAUCCCAUGUCAAGCCCAUUUACCAAAUGGAGAUCCCAACCACACUUGAUCCAAACUUACCUGCGGGUACUUCAGUCCCUAUGGUUCUCAGCUUUGGGGAAAAUAGCUGGGAGAUGACCUAUAAUGAAACAAAACGUCUUAAAUUAGUGGAUCGACACUCAUGGAAAGCAUUUGUCGAUGACAACAGCCUAAAGGCUGGAGAUGGAUGUAUUUUCGAACUCAUGGGGAGUGUGACAGUACAAAAGUAUUGUUCAAGGUCCAAAUCCUCAGAGGUGACAUCCCAGCUGAGCUAAUAGAGAAGUACUCUGGUGAGACAGAGAAACCCAUUACUAUAUAAUGAUGUUUCUUUUCCGUGGAUGUACCAAUAUCCUG